AUGGCUAUUAGAAAUGCUGUGAAGUAUGUUAGAUCAUCGGGUACAAGAUUGCAGUCGUUUCAGUUAAGGGUGCUGACAAGAAUGGUUAGUAGAGGGAGCUUGUCUUUGGACUGCAUAACUCGUUGGAACUCCACAUAUCUCAUGUUGUCUGCCGCUUUGAAGUUUAAGGUUGCUUUUGAGAAGCUCAAAGCCGAAGACAUGUUGUAUAAUGAUUAUUUUCUGGAAGAAGAGGAGAAUGGACAGAAGAGAGUUGGACCUCCUACUACGGAAGGGUGGGAAGAGAAUGAGAUUGUGAUUAUCGAGAGGAACUUGAUUGCAUUGAGCAAUAGCAAAGAUGGGAUUCUACAGAUUCAAGCAAAGGAGAUGAGGAACAAAUUUGAGAAAUACUGGGAUGGGCUUAUCAAUAUGAACCCACUGGUCAUCAUUGCAAGUGUGUUCGAUCCAAGGAACAAGAUGCAAUUUGCUUCUAUAUGUUUUGAUAAGCUGUACGGGAAGGAUAGUCUGGAGAGUGGUCAUCUCAGAACAUCAAUCAGGGCACUGAUGAAAUCGUUGUAUGAGGAGUAUGUGAGCAAGCUCGGCUCUUCAUCUCAAGGUGAUAGUCUCAGCAACGUUAUUGAUAAUGGGGAAGGUGAAGUUGGAACCAUGUUUGAUAUCUCUGAUGACGAUGAUGAAGACUUUGAGAGGAGAGAUUCUUUGUAUUCAAAGAUGGUUUCAGAGGCAGCAAAUGAAGAAGGAAGCAGUGAACUUGACAUCUACUUGAUGGAAAAACCAGUACCACGAGGCUCAAACAACUUCGGCUUGGAUUACAAUGUGUUAUCUUGGUGGAGGAAGAACUCUUGUAAGUUUCCAAUCUUGUCUGAACUAGCAGAAGAUGUGCUAGCUGUUCAAGUCUCCUUUGUUGCUUCAGAGUCAGCAUUCAGUACAAGUGGUAGGAUUUUAGAUCCGUUUCGUAGUUGUCUGACUCCAUACAUGAUUGAAGCUCUUGUCUGCCUACAACAGUGGCUUCGAAACAACAUCCAGGCUGAGAAGGUUGCAAGCUUGGUUCAGAUGUUUGAAGAACUCGAUUUUCAUGAGUCAUUAGGUUGGAAUGUCGAGGAAGCCAAAACCAACUUAGCCUAUCACUCUCUUUUGGACAACUUAUCUUUUUGA